AUGGCUGAAGAACUGAACGAUAAAUUGCCCCAGGCGGGAGAAGUCUUACGUACUCGUCGCAACGAGUACGAGGUGAGUUUCACAGUAUUUUUUAUUUUGAAAGCAUCACUUUUGGCUUUGUAGUACCAUUUUUGGUUUUGACGUACUGUUUUGCUGUUAAAGUACUAUUUUCAUAUCCACAGUAUUAUGUUCAAUUUUACAGUACCAGUACCCUAUGUAACCUCUACUUUAAGAUAAUAAAGCUCCUAGGCAAGGGCGGGUUUGGAGCGGUCUACGAAGUUAAGUCAAAGAACGACACAGAACUGUACGCCGUGAAAUGUGAAACAGCCGAUGUUAAGAAACAAGUCUUGUCCAUGGAUUGUCGCGUGCUGAGAGGUGCUUUCAUGAUCAAGUCUCCCCACUUCUGUACCAUCAUCGACCGCGGCAAAGUCGAGAAUCGUUUUCGGUAUUUGGUUAUGAAGUUGGUAAGCUUUUUGUGGACAUAAAAAAGUUUGUAAUAUAUAAAAGUUCUAAUAGGUACUGUAACGUUUUGACAGACAUUCUUAAAAGCUAUAUACCUUAAUCUCAAUCUUUAGGUCGGUCGCAACUUAUGGGAGCUGAGAAUCGAGCGAGAAAGAGCACGGUACUCUCUGAACACGGCCUUAAAGUCAGCGGAACAAUGUUUAAUGUCGAUCGAAGAUCUCCAUCGUAUAGGGUAUCUACACCGUGACAUCAAGCCAGGUAACUUCGCCAUCGGACGGCCAGAAAGCAACGAACAACAGAUCGUGUUUAUGCUAGACUUUGGACUGUGCCGCAAGUUUAUUGGGUAAGUUUUGAGGAUAUUGAACUUGAAUUUUGUCAUUUUUUGCUUUGUUCUUUUAUCAAAACGUACGUUUUUGAUACUUCACGCCCUAGGAUUAUAAAACCCUCGUCACCCUGUCAAUAUUUUAGCGAUGCCGACUCGAAAGAUCUCCGAAUGCCAAGAGCAUCUGCUCCUUUCCGUGGUACCACUCGUUAUGCAGCUAUGGCAGCCCUAAAGCAAAUGGAACAGUCCAGAAAAGAUGACAUCGAAGCCUGGCUGUACAUGGUCGUGGAAUGGACGGCAGGCCAGCUACCUUGGAGGAAGCUGAAGGGACCAGAUAAAGAAGAAGUACUUCGCUGGAAAGAAGCCGUCCGCGCCGGCGAUGCUUUAGCCGACUUCCUCACAGACUGCCCCAAGCGUCAAUUCUUGGCCAUAAUGCAAUAUCUGGAUUCAUUGGUCUACCAGAGUAUCCCCGACUACAGCUACGUCUACUAUUGUCUCCAACAUGCAGCCAAAGUGAGUAUAACUAUUAUUAAUAUCUGAGUUAUCUCUUUAUUCUGAAAAAACUUUAAAUAAUGUAUAACAACAUCAUUUAAACCGAACUUCAACGAAAAACAACUUUCAGGCCAACAACAUAAAGCCAAACGAUCCUCUUGACUGGGACCCGGACCAUAAGUACCACGGCCCGUCGGUGCAAGACCGCGACAAGCGAAUAGACCUCAAGGUUGGCAAAGAGAAUGAACACGAGGAGAAGGAAGAGGAAGGUGGACACAUGUCAAAGCGGGAAUCCACCAAAAGGGGCUGA